AUGUUAGGCAUCUUCAAAUGCAUCUGGUGGAGAGGAGCAAAUGCAUGUUUUACCGAGCCUCUCAAAACGAAUUUACCAGAUGUCCUAUUGCAGAUUCCCCCCCCCGACAAGACCAGCCUGGAUUACUACAGGAAUGACAGCGCAGUGCUUUUCCUGUGUGGAAACCCAGCGAACAACACAGACUUUAUGUGCGACAAGACGCAGGUCAGGCAGUUCUCUCAAGCCUUCCUGCCGGUGUUUUUCUGGCUUAUCUUCACUGUGGGCACAGUAGGAAAUGCUUUGGUUGUGCUUGUCUAUUGCAAAUACCACUUCAGGAGAAGUAUGAUGGAUCGGUACCUGCUGCACCUGGCCAUUGCAGACCUGCUGCUCCUUUUCACCCUCCCGUUCUGGGCCAAGGCUGCUUCUGGCGGUUGGAUCUUCAAGGACUUCAUGUGUAAAGUCGUCAACAGCCUGUAUAAGAUCAACUUCUAUGGCUGCAGCUUGCUUCUGACCUGCAUCAGCUUUGACAGGUACAUCACUAUUGUCCAGGCAAUGAAAGCUAAAACUUCUAAGCGAAGGUGGCUUCUGCGCAGCAACCUCAUGUGCUUGGCCGUCUGGCUGACAGCGCUGGGCAUGUGCAUCCCAGAAAUCAUAUACAGCCAAACCAUGCAGGUGGGUGACAUAACAGUUUGCAAAAUCACGUACCCACCAAAUGUCAGCAGGAUCUUCAGAGUUACCGUGCUGGUCUUGAAAGUCACAAUUGGAUUCUUCUUCCCGCUCCUUGUCAUGGUUAUUUGUUAUGCUCUUAUCAUCAAGACCCUCCUACAAGCCAAAAGAUCCCAAAAACAGAAGUCAGUGAAGAUCAUCACCAUGAUCAUCACGGCUUUCCUCCUCUCUCAGUUCCCAUACAAUAUUGUUUUGCUGGUCAAAGCCAUCAACACCUACACUGGGGCACUGUACAGUUGUCAGGCUGCCAACCGGCUGGACAUCGGGCUGCAGGUCAGCCAGGCCAUUGCCUUCCUCCACAGCUGCCUCAACCCCUUCCUCUAUGUCUUUGCUGGUGAGCGCUUCAGGAUGGUGCUGGGCAGGAUGGUGCAAAGCAGUGGCUGCUGCCAAAGCAGGGUCCAAAAGCAGUUCUCCCCUGCCUGCGACAGCCAGGAGCACAGCUCAAACUGGUCCUUUACCAUGCUGGGGAGGCAGCGGCUGAGGAACUCCCUGAUCCUUAGCACUCACUUGACCUCCUCUGUUAUGUCCCCGCCUUGCAAAGUCCUCUUGUAAGUUAGUCCUCACUCUCUCCUCUCUAGAGGAACAUGAGACUCUUUGGAAGCCAUCUGUGUACCCCAAAGACUGUCCCAGAGGAGCAGGAAGGGUUGGCAGCCCUGUCCUUGAUGUGUGAGACCCAACUGAGGUUUGCUUGCUGAAAAGAUAGGAAACCUUUGGCAAAGAGCAGCAAAGUGGAACCAUACUUGCUAUAAGCAGAACUGAUAGAGGACAAAAGCUAUCUUUGUGACAGCUGUAAAUAGCUGGCCCAUCUGCAGCUCAGACCACAGCCUGAAAUAACAAGUCUUACAGGGAGGUGAUAAACCCAGUUACAGCAGCAACAGAGGCAGAUAAAGCAGGAUGAACCAC